CUUCAGAAAGAAUGGGCCUAAAUGGUAUUGUUCCUCCAGGAGUCGUGACCGGAAAGAACCUUCUCACGCUCAUGGAAUACUGCAGAGACAACAAGGUCGCUCUGCCAGCCUUCAACUGUACUUCAAGCUCAACGAUCAACGCAGUACUCCAGGCUGCUAGAGAUAUUAACUCUCCUGUUAUUAUCCAGUUCUCAAACGGAGGGGCAGCAUUCUUGGCUGGUAAAGGGAUCAAGAACACUAACGAAAAAGCGGCGAUCCUCGGUUCUAUUGCCGGAGCUCAGCACGUGAGGAUGAUGGCGAAGCACUAUAAUGUUCCAGUUGUGCUUCACUCCGACCAUUGCGCCAAGAAGUUGCUCCCUUGGUUUGAUGGUAUGCUGGAAGCAGAUGAAGAGUAUUUCAAGGCCAAUGGAGAACCUCUUUUUUCCUCUCACAUGCUUGAUCUCUCCGAGGAGUUUGACGAGGAAAACAUCUCAACAUGUGUCAAAUAUUUCAAGAGAAUGACUGCCAUAAACCUAUGGUUGGAGAUGGAGAUUGGUAUCACAGGGGGUGAAGAAGACGGAGUUGAUAAUACCGGAGUUAAAGCUGAGGAGCUGUAUACCACAUCUGAACAGGUGUUUAAAGUAUUUACUUCCCUGUCUGCCAUUGGUCCCAUGUUCUCUAUUGCUGCAGCUUUUGGAAACGUCCAUGGUGUUUAUAAAGCCGGCAACGUUGUCCUAUCUCCACAUCUGCUCGGCAAUCAUCAGAAGUAUAUCAAGGAGCAGAUCAAAUCUGAUUUGGACAAACCUGCUUUUUUGGUGAUGCAUGGUGGCUCUGGCAGCACAGAGGCGGAAAUCCGCGAAGCUGUUAACAACGGAGUCAUCAAGAUGAAUAUUGACACUGAUACACAGUGGGCUUACUGGGAUGGGAUUCGGAUGUUUUAUAAAAAGAACGAGGGAUAUCUUCAAGGACAGGUUGGGAAUCCACAGGGAGAAGACAAACCCAACAAGAAGUUUUACGAUCCCAGAGUUUGGAUUCGUGCUGCUGAGGAGAGCUUGAUUACGAGAGCUAACCAGUCCUUUAAGAACUUGAACGGAGAGAACGUUCUCGGGGAUUCCUGGCCCAAACUUUAAUAAUGAGGAUAGUUUUAUUAUUCUUAUCCCAUGAUCUGAUGUAGAAAAUUUCGAUUAGAAAAAACGAUAAAUUUUAUUUUGAGUUAUAAAUUAUUAUUGAAUUUUAUUAAUAAAUCUGCUUUUAUGAAGAAUCCUACGUUCUUAAUGUGGAAAAUUUUAUUUGGAGCUAUUACUUGUUAUUGAAUUUUAUCAAUAAACCUGAUUUUAUGUA